CUUUAUAACACAAUCGCUGCUUGUUUGCGACGCGUUUGCCGCACAUAGUUGUAAGCGCUGGGCAGAACCCACAUCGCCGCAGCUCAGCGACUGCUGGCGCAUAGGCUGCAGGCUGCUUUGGGAAGAGGAAGCCGAUAGCGCGCCUGUGUUCAAGGACUCUAGCAGUGCUGUGCAGGCUUCCCCGCAGGCCAUGCCCGUGAGGGCGUGAGGCGCACGAGACACCAGGACACAUACACACGCAUAAACCCUAGCAUGGCGAGCAUGGCUGCGGAGCUUCGGCCCAGCGACGGCGGCAGCAGCCUUCACAUGCUGGACAGCCUCCUGAUGAUGGGGCUGUCCAGUGGCGGGGGCGUAGGUGGGGGAGGCAGCAGCCAAAGCCAGAUUCUGGAUUCUGCCGGCGCUGCCGAACUGGCGGCCCUGCUGCUGCCGCAGCACUCCAACGACCCCCUGCACCUCAUGUCCACCGGCGAUGCGGCGCUGGGACUGGCUGGGCCCAUGGCGGCAGCGGAACACCACCAACACCACCCACACCACCAACACCACUCGGUGCCAGCUACAGCAGGCUUUCCAUCCCAGACUCCGCCUCCGCCGCUGUUCAGCAAUGCAACUGCCGGCGCCGCUCCAGCGACGCGAGUCCGUGCCGCGGGAAGCUGUGGAAGCGGCGGUGUCGCCGGCGGCACAACAUCCCACAGCAGUGAGGACGGCGUGUUCCACUCUGCUGAUCCCCACCACCACCACCAGCAGCAUCUGCAGCAACCACAGCCACAGCAGCAGCAGCAGCAGCAGCAGCAGCCGCAGCACCAGCAGCAGCAGCAGCAGCAGCAGCAGCAGCAGCCGCAACAGCCGCAGUUCCACCACCACCAGCCACAACAGCAUCAGGCGCAGCAGGCUGUGGCUGCCACGGCGCCGGCCGCUGCAGCGGACCACCUGUUCCUGCCGCCGGCGGCCGCUGGCGCCGCCGGCCAGCAGCAGGCCGGCUGGGGCGCGGCAACCGGCGCCCACCUCUUUCACAGCGACGCCCCCAACCGCCCCAACGGUCCCAAAACCCCAACCAAUCGUAACGGUUACGCCAUGAAACCGCCUCCGCCGGCGGCGGCUGCCGCCGUGAUGUCAGGCCAUGCCAUGGCCGCCUCUGGGGUUGUGGCUGGCCGCGGCGGCGGCGGCGGCGGCUGUGACGCCGAGGAGGAUGAGCUCACCUUUGCCGCGGCGGCGGCGGCGGAGGUGUCCUCAGAUGACGAGGUGAUGGGCGGCCGCGGCGGAGCUGUGAUGGGCAGGGCUGCUGUGGGCGGCUUCCGCACGCCUGCCCCUGCCCCUGCCAGUGCAGGCGCUGCCGUCAACGUGGCAGCUGCUGCUCCUGCCGCGCCCGCCGGAACUUGGGUGCCAAAGGGCAAGCCAGCAGUGGAGGUGAGUGCCUGGGCGCCCGCGCCGGCGGCGCCCGUGGCGGCGGCGGCGGCGGCGGCAGUGGCGGUCUCGCCUACCGUGGCCGCUUUCGCGGCAGCGCCAGUGGUGGAGGCGGUGGCGCUGGUCCGGUCGCAGCAGCGGCAGGAGCAGGAGCACCAGCUGGUGCAGGUGGCAGCAGCGGAGCAGCAGGACCAGCAACAGGCCAAGCGCCCGGUGCGCAGCAGCCGCCGCCGUGCGCAGGAGUCACAACAGGCGGCGGCUGAGGCACAGCAGGCGGCGCAGCAGGCGGCGGCGGCGCAGCAGCAGCAGCAGCACACAGGCUCUGGCAAUAUCGUGGGUGACAAGCAGGGGAAGCCGCAGGGGGGGCUCCAGCAGGGCAGGCCGGUGGCCACCCAGCCAUCGCCGCCGCCGCCGGCCGUAGCCACCGCCGCAGCUGCCGCAGCUGCUACAGCCCCUGUCGCAACAGCCCCUGUCGCCACUGUCGCCACUGCUGCUACAGCCGACACGAUGCCGCAGCGCCUGACGGCGGUACAGCAGCACGAGGCGUACCCGGCUGUGGUCCGCGGCACCUUGGACGUGCGCAAGGCGUGCCUGCCCCGCUUCCCGCUGGUGGCCCGAGAGCAGGCCGAGGCGGAGCUGCAGUCCGUCGCCACCGCCGCACUGCAGCAGGCGGCAGCGGCCCCAGGCGCCUCGGCAGCGGUGACGGCGGCGGCAGCGGCGGCUGCUGCGGCCGCUACAGCGGCGGGAGAGGGCAAGGCGGGAGAGGGCAAGGCGGCGACGGCGCGUCGUGGCGGCCGGGGCGCUGCAGAGGCGGAGGCCGCUGCGGCGUUGCCCGCGGUCGGCGCGUCCGGCAACCCAGGGCUUGAUGAGGCCAUGGGCGCCUACGUGCGGGUCGCGGCGCUGUACGGUGACGAGGCGGCGGCGGCGGUGGCCGAGUGCGAGAGCCUGAUGGCGGACUUUGACAACAAGUUGCAGCUGGGCAACCUCGCCACCACCUUCGCCGCCGCCGCCAGCCCCACCGCCGCCGCCAGCGGCCGGGCCCGCGGUGGCGCCCGCAGCGGCGGUGUCGGCGGUGGCGGCACCAAGCGGGUUGCGUCUGGCGCCAACGCCAGUGGCGCCAACAGCAGCGGCAUGAGCGGAGGCGGCGGCGGCGACAGCGCAGGCGCGGAGGCGGCGGCGGGUGACGAAAUGGAGUGGGCGCCCGGCGCCACCUCAGUGGACACGGCGACUGGUGGUGCAGAUGACGAGGAUGGGGAGGAAGAGGAGGGGCAGCAGCCAGGCGGAGCGGCGGCUGCUGCUGCUGUUGCUGCUGCUGGGGGCGAGGCGUCGCAGCUGGCUGCGAGCAUUGCGGCCACGUACGGCAGCCAGCUGGUGCAGGUGGCUGCCAGCCUGGCGCAGCGGCCCAAGGUGGGCAAGCUGCCGCCCGCCGCCACGCAGCUGCUCAAGGGCUGGUGGGACGACAACUUCGUGUGGCCCUACCCCUCGGAGGAGGACAAGAAGCAGCUGGGUGAGGCGGCGGCGCUGAACAACACGCAGAUUAACAACUGGUUCAUCAACCAGCGCAAGAGGCACUGGCACAAGCAUUUCCCCAACCGCCGCCCGCCCAGCACGCGCGAGGAGGCGGAGCGUCUGCUGCGUGCGGCGGGCGCUAUCUAAUGAUGAUGAUGAUGAUGGCAAGAUGACGAUGGUGAUUAUGAUGGUGAUAAUGAUGUGGAUGAUGCAUCGGGCUGGUGUGUGAUGCGACGCGGGUAAGGCAUGUGGCCAGUUGUGAUGCGGCCUCGGGUGCCUCGGAUGCAACUGGGGUCUGGGGUCGGGGGGGUAAGGAUGCCGGAUAUGUACCCCAUCAUCGAUAGUGAUAGAGCUUAACGAGAGCGUUACGCACGUACUCUGAGUUUCUUCGGGGGCUCGUGAGGAAGUUCUGGGCCGCCAAAAUUGUUGGGUCGGUGAUGAUGAUGAUGAUGAUGAUGAUGAUGAUGAUGAUGAUGGCGGGAUUAUGGUGAUAAUGGUGGGGUCCGCCGGAUUUCGGGAAGCGCCCCACAAGCCAAACUAGGCACUAAGCGCAGCACGACGAGGCUUGUAUAUGCACGUUAUGCCGUAGUAACCAUGAGCAAAGCGUGCGAGGGCUAAUUUGCGCGUCGUGGCGUGGACAUGUCGGCACGCAUGUCCCCACAAGUUGACACAUGCGCACUGGUAUGGCGGGACCCUCGAGCGCUGAUGCGCGUUGAUCACGCGAAUGUAGGUGUGCUGAUGCAAGCUGUCCAUGAAAAACAUGAUGGGUGUGGAGCGGGGUCCUAGGGACUGGGUCCAGGGGUGGGCUGAAUUCCAUGGUUUAAAUCCCGCGUGCGCCGAAGUCGCAGCGCUGGCCCGGAUGGCAGAGCCCCUCACUCAGGCUCUCCAGGGCUAACGUUACGGGGAAGGCUUGAAUUGGGUGUGAUGCAGCAUGUCCAUGGAAGAAAUCACGCGCACGUGAGGCUGUGCAGGCAGGCCGCGCAAAAGGCGGCAAACUGCACAGGCCGAUAGAGUCGAAUGGCACACUACGAACCGGUUUUAUGCUGUCAGGUGUCGAUCGGUGGGUCCCUGGGGGGUUCGCGAGGGGUUUGGGGGAAUGGGGUCUGGCAUUUUCUUUCUUAUCCCUCCCCCUGUUGGGGUGACCAUGUGCGGUGCACACAAUACGUGUGAGGCGCUGUGUGGAAGAGGGAAAUCUGUGGCUGCGUGGGAUGCCGGGAAGGCAGCGGCACUCUGUGCGUGUGUUGUGUGCUGCUGCGGAAUGCACAAUUACUAAGCGACUGGAUUACAGCAGGACUGCAGGAGGCUGAGGUGGCGCGUGGCCAUUCCUGGUGUUGGACACCUUUUGCAUUUUAUGUCUGUGAGCUGCGAAAUGCUCACGGCCCCUCUUGCUGGCUGUUCACUGACGAUCAGUUGUUGCAAAGGGCCUUAUGUGCCCGAGCCCAACGAAUAGGUGAAAGUGGGCUGUGUAGAUUAUCAACUUGCACUCGUCGUUCUGAUCAUGACACGAUUAGUCGUUUGUACGACAUCAGUUGGCUCCGCACUUCAUUCCAUUACGGUAGGCGGUGAGCAAGGUAAUGCAUUCCGGUAGUCACGGAACUGUACGGCAUUGCACAGAGUGCGCAAUGCAGUACGCAGAACACAAUCUGCGGUAUGUACCAACAGUUGAUUGCGAGAUAUGGCACUGUAACGCAUGCAAGACAAUGCCUGCGCUGC